GUUCGUUCGAUCCGCUCGACGACACAAACGUGGAAUUCUGACCCCAAUACUCUGCAGAAUCUAGCAUUUUUUGUUGUUUUGCCGCCGUAGGUUCUCAAUUUAGACUCAAUUAUGAAUAUAAGAUGUGCGAAGCCGGAGGACCUGAUAAACAUGCAGCACUGCAAUCUACUGUGUCUGCCAGAGAACUACCAGAUGAAGUACUACUUCUACCAUGGGCUGUCCUGGCCUCAGCUCUCAUAUGUAGCAGAAGAUGAUGAUGGCAAAAUUGUCGGAUAUGUGCUGGCUAAAAUGGAGGAGGAUCCUGAUGAAGUACCCCAUGGUCAUAUUACAUCACUGGCUGUCAAGAGAUCUCAUCGUAGACUUGGUCUAGCACAGAAACUCAUGAAUCAGGCAUCGUUAGCUAUGACUGAAUGCUUCAAUGCUAAAUAUGUUUCAUUGCAUGUCAGAAAAAGCAACCGUGCCGCUCUCCACUUGUACCAGAACACACUCAAAUUUACGACCAACGAUAUAGAACCCAAAUACUAUGCAGAUGGUGAGGAUGCCUAUGCCAUGAAGCGAGAUCUAACAACCUUUGGAAACAAGAAAAACAGUGUUGAAGACGUAGGGAAGGUACUGGAGAAGAUGACAGUGGAGGUGAGUGGAGAGCAAGAGGAUACGGCCGAAGGGGCAUCGGGGGAUGGCACCCCCUCUCCACCCUCGGGGGUAGCAGAGAGGCUCCUGCAAGGAAUGGAGAAACAGAAAGAAGGAGAGAAGAAGUCAUCUCAACAAGGGAAAGGGGGCAAGGAUGAGGGCGGUAGUGGGGGCGGGGUGGGUAAAGGAAGCGGGGAACAUCCACCCAAAACAGGAAGAGAAUCUAAGAAGAGUAGAAAGAAGGCCAGGGAGGCAGCUGCAAGGGCUGAAGAAAAGUCGUGAGAGAAGAGAAUGCCCAAUUUCUUUACAUGUAGCAUUUCUUUUUAGUUAAAUUAUCGCUUUCUGUGAUUGCCUAAGUAUUUAAGUAAUUUUGUUUAUCUCCACCUUUUUCCUGUAAUAUACAAGAGUGUGUAUUAUGGAAAUGAAUCAGUUGCUGGGAAUUUUGGAAAUGAUAUGAAAUUAUACAAUGCUGAUAAACGGUGAUUACCAAAAGUUGCAAACACCUCUUGAUAUGGGCAAGUAUUUUAUUACAUUUCAUGACAUUGGGGUCAGAAGAGCAGGUAAGCUGUGAAAAAAAAUUCACCUUUUUUUUCUCCCAAAGAAAUAUUGAAAAUAAGUGACAUAGAUGAUAUAUAGGGUUAAUACUGUUAAGAAGCUGUCUUAUAUGUUUAUAUUUUUUGAAUGCUUGAAAGCAUGAGGUUCAAGUUUAUUUAAUUCCAAUUGAAAGUACAAAGGAGGGAUUUUAUGAUCAGAGAAUAUUACAAGGUAUUGCAAACAUUGUAUAUUGUGUUUUUACAGCAAGAAAUCUGAUAAAGUACUUCUUUUAUCUUACUUACUGUAUAACAAAGUACAAUUUUAAAAUUCUGACAAUUCAGUGUUAUUUUUUCUUUAUCAUGCAAAUAGUUCACAUGCAUGCUCUUAUGUAAAUGGAAUUUCUACCUACAAAAGUGAAGAAAGAAAAACACCUAUACUGGAGGGAUAUAAACUUUUAAAUGAGAGAAGUUUUUCAAUAAAAAAACAAAUCCAACGCAUUUCGCGGGAAACAUUGAAUUCAGAAAUAAACAUGACCAAAACUAAAAAGAAAUAACCAUCUGGUAUGGGUCAUUCUUUAAUAAAACUGACAUUUAUCAAUGUUCCCCAUGUAUAGAGGCGGUCAGUGGAGUCAUGUAUUUGCAAUCAUUUACAAUGCAAUAUGCUACCAUCUGGAGAAUGUAUCAUUGAUACUCAUGUGGUAAUGUAGUAUGACAUUGUACCCAUUAUACACUUAAAUUAGGUACUGUUUAGAUAUUUGGGAGAGCAAAUAAAAGUGAAUGAAUUAAGUUUGAAGCAAA